UCAGAUGAAGGCAUAUCUCGGAGAUUUGGUUGCGCGACCUUGAACGGUCAUUAGAGUGUCUCCCGCCAAGCCAUACAGUCACAGUUCUUACAGCUUUAACUUCCACAAUGGCUGCAUUCACUGUCAAUACUUCUGCUUCUCCUUAUCUUAUUGGACGUCGUUGCUUCCCUACUCCCUCGCGUUCCACACAUCUCCAGGGUUCAUUGGCUCAGCGUUGCAAUGCUAUUUUCUGGAUGCAGAGGCUAAGAUCGUUUCCUUUGAAUCGUAGAAGGAGGAAAACUUUGAUAUGUGCAGUCGAUCAAGAUGCUGAGGAAGCCUUCAAGAAGACUGUGGAAAUUGAUAGGCUCAUAGAUAUGCUGAGGGAGUCAGAUCCUCAGAAACUUCAGAAACUUGUUGUUGAAAAUAUCCUUGCUUUCAAUCCAAGCUUUUGGAUCCGCCUUGCAGCAAGAACUGAUACUUGCAAAUCUGAGGAUGAUAAGAAAGAUUAUGAGGAGUUGGCUUUAACUGUGAUGACCGUGGUGGAUCGAUUGGUUCACAAGACCAAUCAAAAAAUAGAGUCUGCUACAGAUGUCCUCAAGGGAGUACUAAAGCCUGUGGUUGAUGAUGUUGUUGAAGAGAUUCCCUGGCCUCCCAGAGAUCCUCAGGCCCUCGCAUUGAUGGAAAAAGAAAUAAGUCAAAGGGAGCAAGAAGGACAAUUGGACGAAGGAUUUCUUGCGGAAGUUAGUGCGCAACUAAGACAGGCAAAAGAAGAUGGAGAUAAGCCCGGGCUGGAGGCUAUGCUGCAGAAGGUUUUACAGCUCUAUGCUUCCAAGGUUCUCUCGAAACGUAGUUAUGCCAAUAAAGGGGAUGAAGUUUUGAAGGACGAGCAGUUCCUCGAAACUAUAAUCCAAGCCCCUGAAGAAGAAUGGAACAAUAUUCUGAUCAAAGGGUUGACAAUCGGCACAGGGGAAGUUUCACCUGAGGAACUCAAUGCUGUCGUGAAAAAACGAAUUGAGCGCACUUUGAUUAGAACUGAGGGAGGUUCUUACCAGCAGCGCAUUCUAACAGAAUAUCUGAAAGGCAUUGAAUCUAGAGCUGAGGAAAUUGUUCAAGCUUUUCAAGGGAAACGGCAAUAGAGUUUUUUUCCAUAGCUGAAUAUCAAUUCGAUGCCAUUUAUCUCGAUAAUAUCCUGCUUCGUGCAAGAGGUGGUUCUCCCUUUUGUAGAGGAUAUAAAGCGAAUCAACACUGGGCGCGCAUGUAGAAGUUUAGACCAGCCGUCUUCUAGAAGGUAGUGACCUGCCCAUAUUGAUUUGCCAAUUAGUGUUAUGAACAGGAUCUGGUCACUUUUAGCUUGUAAUAUGUAUAUUUAUAUAGGAGCGGGCUGUGGGUUUAAACCAUAUCUCCUGGAACAAAACAAGUGAUGUCUAAUGUUGGAAUCUGGCGAUAAAUUAUUCCUCUUGUACAAGUCUCAUUGCAAA